UUUGACGGCUGACUCCGCCCCCUCCUGCGUUCUUGACGGGAAGACGACUCAACUCAGAAGAAUGUAUCUCUGGAAAUAAACGUGACUCUUCGACUGUCUGUAAAGCAUAUGUAAAUACUAGCAACGCGAGGUUGAUUGUCAUGUGUCCAGAUGAGAGAUAGAGUUCAUUUGGCUGGACUGCAUGUAGAAACGCUUCAACCCUGAGUCUUGUCCAAGGCAUGAAGAGGAAAGCUACAGCUAUGGGUGCAGCCUACAGUACUGAUCCAGACCAGCAGCGAAGUGGGACUUCAGGAUCCUCCACAUCUCUGUCACAGGAACAGUUGUUCUCAGUUCCCUUGGAUAUCUUGGAGGAGAUCUUCCUGAACCUGCCUCCACAUCAGGUGGUUUGUGUGUGCCGGUUAGUGUGCCAUCAAUGGAAAGAAGUGGCCGACAGUGAAUCUAUGUGGAAAGAAAGGUGCAGGAGAGAAGGAUGCUUCAUCCGUGAUGCUUCCAGAAUACCUAAAGACUGGAGGUUGUUUUACUUCUUGUGCAAGAAGAGAAGAAAUCUUCUGAAGAACCCAAGAGCAGAGCAUCAAAUGAAGAAUUGGCAAAUAAUUGACAAUGGUGGAGAUAAAUGGAAAGCAGAGGGAGUUAUGGUGCAACAUCCAAAUGAUGCCGUCCAGAAUAACUUUGUGACAUCCUACGGAUUAUGCAGGAAGAUGCAGCUGAUUGAUUUGGAGAAGGAGGGUUACAACCCAUCAUUUAUGGAUCACUUCCAGCCAGACAUCAAGAUAUCUGAUUGGUAUGCACCACGAUGGGAUUGUGGCAGCGAGUAUGAGAUCUCUGUACAGUUGCUGAACCGGAAAAAGAAGCCUAUCCAGACGUUUGCUCCUGAGACAAUUCACUUCCAGCAGUGGAACGAUCAGAAAUGGUGUCAGAUGACCCAUGUUUUCCGGGACUAUGGACAAGGAGUGAGAUUCAUCCGUUUCACCCACGGAGGCAAAGACACCCAGUUCUGGGCGGGAUGGUAUGGGAUUCGUGUAACUGACAGCAGUGUUGAGAUUUGUCCAGCAGGGGACACAGAGCUCUGAGGCUCUUUCUGAAACCGCCAACUAUACUAGCAGUGCGUAGUGAUUUGGCCAAAAUUCAGUAUGUAGUAAGUAGUAUGGGGAAAAAGAGCGAAAUCUGCAGUAUGCAAAACUCCCCGGAUGUCUUACUGAUUCGGAAAAAAUUUCACAGUAUGCAUCAGACCAGACCCCCUCGCAUACUGUUUCCCACAAUGCACAGCACUCACCUCUUUUCUUUUCUCUUCUUUUUUUGACAUGGGGGCACUCAGUUUUUAGGUGCUGUUAAAAUGAUUAAAUUCCAUAUAAACCACUUCCUAACUUUUAAAAUCACAAGUGAUGCUAAAGUAGCAGUUUCGCUAUCAGCUUGUCUGUUGUUUACUUCUGCACUCCAAAACCGGAAAUCCAGUGAAGUCUGGCCCAAAGUACUACACCACCUAUCGAACAGAACAGUCAGACUUCAUACUAAAUUGAAAUGCAGUAUGUAGUAGGCAGUACCUACUGCCUCCUACAUUAGUAGGUAGUAUUUAGCAGGCUGUUUCGAAAGCUGCCUCAGCCUCCUUGAAGUCCUGCUCGCUGUCUUUGCCUGAAAUUGCAAAAUUGCACAGUCUAAUUUGCCUUAUAUAUUAUCUGCAUUUAUUGUAUCUGUCAGAACUAUUUUUUCAGCUUUGAAUACUGUAUAUGCAUAUGUUUGUUAAUGAUAUGUGAUUUGUUUGAUCAGAACUGAAAUUUAAAUUUAAAGUAACAUUGCACUUUUGAUGUUUGAAGAGUCUUGACAGAAAAUAGAACUGUAGCUUAAGUGAAAUAUCGUGGGACAAAUAUGUGUAUUCUAUGCAAAUCGUAACAAAAUCUCAUCAAGAUAUAUAAUUUAUUAUAGCGGCACUAAAAUACAAUUUUUUUUUUCUCACUCUUUAAUGACAUAUAAUUGUUCUGCUUCCUGUGGUAUAUUAAGCUAUAUGGGUUUUGUUUUACAAUAACACGCAACAAGAUUGUACAAGUCACCAAUCUGAUAUAUCCAAACCAAUGACCCUCCUAAUAUAAACUGACUCCAGGUCAAUUAUUUUGUGACAAUAACAAACAAUAGUGUUGUUAAAAAAAGUUUAAAAAAAGAAAGUAUUUUAACCUCUGUCUAUCUUGGCAACAGUAUCAGCCAAUACUCAAUAAUAAUACAAUUAAUAUUAAUAAUGAUAAUGAUAAUAAUAAUACAUUUUAUUUGUCUAGCACCUACCAAAGCUAGUCAACAAAGUUCAAGUUGAGGUAUCAGAAGGAAAGAUAAGAAGUGUAUUUGAAUGACUCUGUUAGGCCACUAUUUUUGAAAAGAAGGUGUAUUGGUUAAAGUUCUGUUCCUCAAAAGAGCCUGAAACUCGUCUUUGCAUUGAUGUUGUUUGUUUCACUACCAAAGAGCCAUUAUAGCCCCUUAAAGUACAAUGCAGCAACUUCAGAAGACAUUAUCUGUUUUAAUUCAGUUAAGAAAAUUAUUUACAUACACCUGCUCUGAAAACUAAUCAUUUUCCUUUAAGGUCAUUGAAUUCUAAGGACCAGAUUACGGUUCUCAUGCUCUUGGCACAUUCAGGUCUAUGGGCCCAGAUGUUUGUUUUCAUUUCCUUGUGAAGUUCAAUGAAGCUUUGAGUAGGUGACGUGAUGCUAUCUCUGACAACAUCCUCUAUCUAUAAGGAUAUAAAAAUGAGCAACACAUAAUGCUUUGACACCACAGACCGUUUUGACUUACAGUGCUCUGUGAAGCAAUUUGUGGUGUUAAAAAAUAUAUAUAAAAAAAAUGUUCUUUAAUUCUGUUUUAUUUGUGUUUCUCCUACAUUACCUGUGGAAAGUGUACGCAAGUUCAUAAUGAAGUCAGACAACAUGGAGUAUUUAAUGUUAGGUUUAUUCAUAAUACUGGUUUAUUGUGAUGCAAGAUACAUUUUGAUGUCAAACUGAAUAAAAAUCAAGACACUCCUUCACUUUA